AUUGGCUGGCGCAGUAGCAGCGUGUUGGAAACACUUCGAGUGGCUGCUUUGAGUGAAAAGAAGCUCGGCAGUUUGUUCGCGCUACUGGCGGAGUACAGCAAUCUUUACCCGACUCUUUUCGCUACGCCGGCCAAUAUUUUCAACAUGGACGAGUCGGAUUGCUCUGUGGGUCGUAAAAAGAAGCGUGCCCUGGCUGCUGUUGGUGUCAAGCGUGUCAGUCGGCGAUCUGGCCGAACCAUUACGAUGGGACCGCAUGUUACUGGUCUGUUUACUGUUUGUGCUGAUGGCACCGCUCCUGUUGCGCCCCACUUCAUUGUCGCGCAUCCACGGCCCACUCUACCUCACAGGUGCACCGAGGGCCUGGACGAGGAGUUGAUUCACCAGUCCGAGUCCGGCUUCAUCAACGAGGAAAUCUUCGACAAGUGGUUUCGAGAUUUCGUCGAGGUCGUCAAGGAGCGAGCUACCACCACCCCCGUUCUAUUGGUGAUGGAUGGCAGCUCGUGUCACAAGUUCACUGUCGGGUUGAUUGACCUCGCGGUGAGCAACAACAUCCUGGUUGCGAUCCUUCCAUCGCACACGUCGACUCACUUGCAGCCGCUCGACGUCACCGUCUUUGCCUGGUACAAGAACUUGCUCGAGACUCACGUGCAGUCGAUUUUGGAUGAAGACUCGCCACUCAUCGACGUGAACAUCAAGCUUCACGGGGCCAUUCGGGCGUGGAACGAAAUUGACGACCGAUCCAACUUGAUCCGAUCUGGGUUUCGCCAAACUGGUAUCUAUCCGCUGGACACGGAAAAGCACAAGACCCUAGCGUUGCCUUCCGUCGCUGACGUUGCCGUGUCUACGACCCCCUCGCUGCACAUUCCCGAGCCACCCCCAACCCCGGAUGCUCGGAGCAUUGGCAACAGCUCCAUGCGCGUUUCUAUGAACUCGACCGCUCGAUCCCCGCUUACGCCGGAGAAUAGGGAUGCCCAGCUUAAGCGGCAGGAGUUGCAAGAGAAGAGGAAGCAGCUCGAACCUCUGAAAGAAGAGUACAAUCGGCAACGGCCCAUCUUCCUCCGCACGCUAAAAGACCUUGACUCACGCAUCUUGACACUUGCGGAGACAAUUCUUGCUCUGGAGACUCAGCUGGCUGCUCUGGGAGAAGAGGUCGAGCAGGACAUCGAAUCGGCAACUGCCGCGGAGACCCGAAACAAGCUAGCUGCUGCUCGCCUGCAGCAUACCAAGCUCGUACGUGACCGCGCGACAUUUUUCAAGAACCGUCUCAAGCGACCCACUCUUCUAAGUCUUGAGCCAGCGGCGACCGCUUCCACACCUCUCGUUCCUCGGCGCGUCAGCAGGCCUAGGCCCAUUCUCGCUUCGCAAUCGAUGGCGAACGACACUGUCGACUUGGAUCAAUCAGCCAGCGAGGAGGAAAGCGAGUCUGACGACGAUGACGACGAGAAUCAAGCGUCGUCCGAAAUGGCUUCCGCUGCCAUCGGCCACAACGACAACCAGGAGGACCCCAGCGAUGUCCAGCGUCAACCUCAAGCCGCCCGCAAGCGUCGCCAGGAAGAUGACGAUGAAAACGUCGCGCCCGUCUUCACCACGGUCACAUCAGACUCGAGCGAUGUUGUUCAAGUCGAUUAUCAGCUGAGCUCCACCGAACUCCAAGAAAUCCGACGCUAUCGCAUGCCAACGCGUAGUACUACGAAGCAAGAUGGACAUAAUGUCAAAUUGGCGCGUGUAGACCUCCAACCUGCGUCGUCAAGGCCGGCGCUCAGCGACCUGACAAACCUUUCUCGAAGCAACACGCUACCACUGUAA